CGCCGCCGUCGCCGCCGCCGCGGGCGCCACCACCACCGCCGCCGCCGCCGCCGCCGCCGCCCGAGCCCGCGCCGAGCGUGCGCCUCGCCCUCCUCCCGCGCCCGCUCUGCUCUAGGAUGCUGCGGCAGGUUCUGCACAGGGGCUUGAGGACGUGUUUCUCCCGGCUCGGCCACUUCAUUGCCAGUCACCCGGUCUUCUUCGCCUCGGCGCCGGUGCUCAUCUCCAUCCUGCUCGGCGCCAGCUUCAGCCGCUACCAGGUCGAAGAGAGCGUGGAGCACCUGCUGGCGCCCCAGCACAGCCUGGCCAAGAUCGAGCGCAACCUCGUCAACAGCCUCUUCCCGGUCAACCGCUCCAAACACCGGCUCUACUCGGACCUGCAGACCCCCGGGCGCUACGGCAGGGUCAUCGUCACCUCCUUUCAGAAAGCCAACAUGCUGGACCAGCAUCACACCGACUUGAUCUUAAAGUUGCAUGCUGCUGUCACCAAGAUCCAGGUUCCAAGGCCUGGUUUUAAUUACACGUUUGCCCACAUAUGUAUCCUGAAUAAUGAUAAGACUUGCAUCGUGGAUGACAUAGUACACGUUCUGGAAGAGCUAAAGAAUGCUCGGGCCACCAAUCGGACCAAUUUUGCUAUCACUUACCCGAUCACUCACUUAAAGGACGGGAGGGCCGUGUAUAAUGGGCACCAGCUUGGAGGCGUCACUGUGCACAGCAAGGAUCGGGUGAAAUCAGCAGAAGCCAUUCAGCUUACCUACUACCUACAGUCAAUCAACAGUCUCAAUGACAUGGUGGCUGAGAGGUGGGAGUCCAGCUUCUGCGACACUGUCAGACUAUUCCAGAAAUCCAACAACAAAAUCAAAAUGUACCCUUACACAUCCUCAUCAUUGAGGGAAGAUUUCCAGAAGACCAGUCGUGUGUCAGAACGUUACCUGGUCACCAGCCUGAUCCUGGUGGUUACCAUGGCCAUUCUCUGCUGCUCUAUGCAGGACUGCGUCCGCAGCAAACCUUGGCUAGGCCUCCUCGGGUUGGUAACCAUAAGCCUAGCCACUCUCACCGCGGCUGGAAUCAUCAAUCUUACUGGUGGGAAGUACAAUUCCACUUUCCUAGGAGUUCCUUUCGUCAUGCUAGGUCAUGGAUUAUAUGGAACUUUUGAAAUGUUAUCCUCCUGGAGGAAAACUAGAGAAGACCAACACGUUAAAGAGCGAACUGCAGCAGUCUAUGCAGACUCCAUGCUUUCCUUUUCUCUCACCACUGCCAUGUACCUGGUCACCUUUGGCAUAGGGGCCAGCCCUUUCACAAACAUUGAGGCAGCCAGGAUUUUCUGCUGCAAUUCCUGUAUUGCAAUCUUCUUCAACUACCUCUAUGUACUCUCGUUUUAUGGUUCCAGCCUCGUGUUCACCGGCUACAUAGAAAACAAUUACCAGCAUAGUAUCUUCUGUAGAAAAGUCCCAAAGCCUGAGGUAUUGCAGGAGAAACCGGCAUGGUACAGGUUUCUCCUGACCGCCAGAUUCAGUGAGGACACAACUGAAGGUGAGGAAGCGAACACUUACGAGAGUCACCUAUUGGUAUGUUUCCUCAAACGCUAUUACUGUGACUGGAUAACCAACACCUAUGUCAAGCCUUUUGUAGUCCUCUUUUACCUUAUUUAUAUUUCCUUUGCCUUAAUGGGCUAUCUGCAGGUCAGUGAAGGGUCAGACCUUAGUAACAUCGUAGCAACUGCAACGCAAACCAUUGAGUACACUACUGCCCAGCAAAAGUACUUUAGCAAUUACAGUCCUGUGAUUGGGUUUUACAUAUAUGAGUCCAUAGAAUACUGGAACACUAGUGUGCAAGAAGAUGUUCUAGAAUACACCAAGGGGUUUGUGCGAAUAUCCUGGUUUGAAAGCUAUUUAAAUUACCUUCGGAAACUCAAUAUUACCACUGGCUUACCUAAGAAAAAUUUCACAGACAUGUUGAGAAAUUCCUUUUUGAAAGCCCCCCAAUUUUCACAUUUUCAAGAGGACAUCAUCUUCUCUAAAAAGUACAAUGAUGAAGUUGAUGUAGUGGCCUCCAGGAUGUUUCUGGUGGCCAAGACAAUGGAAACAAACAGAGAAGAACUCUAUGAUCUCUUGGAGACACUGAGGAGACUUUCAGUCACCUCCAAAGUGAAGUUCAUCGUCUUCAAUCCAUCUUUUGUGUACAUGGAUCGAUAUGCUUCCUCUCUGGGAGCCCCCCUGCACAACUCCUGCAUCAGUGCUUUGUUUCUGCUCUUCUUUUCAGCAUUCCUGGUGGCAGAUUCUCUGAUUAAUGUCUGGAUCACUCUAACAGUUGUAUCUGUGGAGUUUGGAGUGAUAGGUUUCAUGACAUUAUGGAAAGUAGAACUGGACUGCAUUUCUGUUCUAUGCUUAAUUUAUGGAAUUAACUAUACAAUUGACAAUUGUGCUCCACUCUUAUCCACAUUUGUUCUGGGCAAGGAUUUCACAAGAACUAAAUGGGUAAAAAAUGCCCUGGAAGUUCAUGGGGUAGCUAUUUUACAGAGUUACCUCUGCUAUAUUGUUGGUUUGAUUCCUCUCGCAGCUGUGCCUUCAAAUCUGACCUGUACACUGUUCAGGUGCUUGUUUUUAAUAGCAUUUGUCACCUUCUUUCACUGCUUUGCCAUUUUACCUGUGAUACUGACUUUCCUGCCACCCUCUAAGAAAAAAAGGAAAGAGAAGAAAAAUCCUGAAAACCGGGAAGAAAUUGAGUGUGUAGAAAUGGUAGAUAUCGAUAGUACCCGAGUGGUUGACCAAAUUACAACAGUGUGACAGUGUCUGCUCGGUGUGUUUUCACCCUAGGUCUUAUCAAGAGCAGAGAUUCUGUUACUGAAACAGCUAAAUUCAAGGUUGUUCCCUUUUUUAAGGAUAAGAAGGUAUUACAACAAAAAGGAAAGGACAAGGGGGGUAAUUGGCAUGGCAUAUUUUCAAUCUUUAAAACAAAAGAGUUAUUAUGAGAAUAAACACACACACACAUACACCCUAAGAGACUCAAUCUCUUAGGAUCAAAUAGAAGAAAGCUUAUUAACAGGCAGGAUCCCAUUUUUAUCCACACUGCAGAUGUUGCUAGUAUUGUGAUAAACGCAACUGAUUGAAAGGUCAGCUGCCAAGGCAGAAAUAGCUUUAAGCAUUAUUCAAACAAGGCUUUCAAAACUUCCCCAGAGCAGUAGCUAUAGUCAGUGUCUGUGGCUUGAGGUCUUGGCUGUCUCACCAAUCUACCCAACACCUGAGAAGAUGUUUAUGAAAAUUCUGACCAGCAAGCCAAAACCUCAGAAUCAGACAUAGUAGAAUGGCUGUCACCCAUGAACUGAAAUUGAGUAACCCCUAAAUUCACCUGGGUGAGGCAUUUUUGUUGUCCAGAAUGAAUUUAUCACAUUCCCCAUUGAUGUACUUUUUAACAUUUGUGUAGUUCAGUUAGUAUACCUAAAAACCAAUGCCAGCUUGAGCAUUACAGAAUUGGGGCAAUUCUAUUUUGGAAUAUCUUGCCACUUAUCACCAAAUGGGCCUGUUUUAUUAGUUACAUCUCUUGGCAGGAGGCUUUAGGGACAUAAAACUACAGAGCCAAACCCAAAUACCUGGCAUGAUAGAGAAAAGCAGGUGUCCACUUGAACCUAGGGACAGUGUCUUCAUUUUAACAACAACAACAAAAGCCAGCUGGUACAGCUGUUUGUGGUUUGGCCCUGCACACAUUUUUGCAUGGAUUCCCAGAAACAACAUCUGCCCAUAUGUAGAUGAGGAUGGGAAGAGGAGCACUGAAAUAGUUAUUUGCCAUACAUGUCAACUUGUAGUACCAGUGUGCUUUUGCCGUGGGACGACUUCUCAGGGACUUCAGAAGACAAAACAAGAUAGUGAGUCUAAGUCCUGCCACUGAGAAAGUUUACAGCACUGCAAGGAGAUAAAGAGCCAAAAAGAAGAAAGAUGACACUUACCAGGAAAAGUAAUCACCAAUACAGAUCAAUUGACAACAGCAGUCAAACUUUUCUGUUAAAUUGGCUCUCCCUCACCUUCAUCCCCCAACACAUCUUUUCGGUGCCUCUCUACUUCACUGCAAGUCUCUUCUGUACAUUAGCAAGCCCAGGUAUUUAUAUGUUGACUUGCAAAAUCAAUAGGGGAAAUGGUUCAUAGGUCUAAACAGAAAUGUUUUGUUCUAAAAGAGUGAUUAUGUUGCCACUGACCGCUGAACUUUUUCAAAUCUAUAAAAAUGAAACUAAAACUUACUUAUAGUUGAAACAGACAUCUACAGUAUUUUCCUCUUUGUAGAUAUGUGGCUUCUUUAGACAUCACUAGUGGUAAGCAUUUCCCAGAAGCAUCUUACUUUUCUGGCCCUAAGCAGAGGUACUGUGUGACUUCCCAAUCCUUGAAAGAUGAGGAAACUGAAAACUAAAGGAAUAAAGUGACUCACCCAGGUCACACCACUAGACAGUUCUCAUCAUUUUAGCAUGCCUAAGACAGGACAGGUCAAUAUUAAGUUUUUUAAUAAGAAAGAUAUUACCCCCCUUGAAAUACAUUUCUAAGACAGAAAUAUAGGACUUUAUUGCCACUGGGCAGACACUUUUUAAAUGUCUAAGAUAAAAAUGUUUGGCAUUUCGGUGUACCAUUGUCCUUCUAAAUAGCAAAAAACAAAAAAACAAAAAAAAAAAAAAGCCCAAAUGAUUCAGAUGUAACCACACCAAGUGCAAACCUGUGCUUUCUAUUCAUGUACUGUUGUACAUAAAGUUCUAAAUACAUGUGCAGGGGAUCAUAGCUAGUGCAUUACACACUUGUUCAGUCUCUCCUGCAGAUACACUAAGUGAUCAUACUAACGUGUUAUACACUCAACAAGAAGAUAAUGAGCUUUAAUCCAAGGACAAGUACAGUCCUCACAAAAGGGCAAGUUUGCAUAAUAGAUCUUUAAUCAAUUCUCUCUCCUAGGGGCUUGCAACUAGGCUAUUAUUUAUAAAACACAACAGAAGAGGGGAUUGGUUUUAUUCUUAAAUCAUAUGUUGCUAAAUCAUUUUCUGAACAGUAUGUUCUAAAUCAGCCAUUGAUUUAGUGUCAGCCACAUGGAGCACCUCAGCUUAAAAUGACUCCACAAAACUGACAUAACACAUACACCAAUUAAAUGGAUUUUGUUGAGAAUUUAAUCAUUCAAUUUGGUCAACUGGAAUGACUUACUAUGGAACUUUCUUUAUGACAGAUAGUAGUUUUCCAAGUUGAUUGAGUCUCUGUAUACCCUGGGAUAUUGUAUUUUUAAAUGAAGGGCAUUUUCAAACUUGUCAACUUCUCUUUUCAGCAUUUGAAAUCAAGGCUUCUGAAAUUCUGACUCUGAAAUGAAUUUUUCUAUUGGGGGAUUAUGCAUGCCAAGAUUUAUUAUUUAUUGUUAGAAAAAUAUUAUUUGUUAAUGUUGGUUAUUGCUCUGACAACAUUGGUUUAGCCCCACCAUGGAGAAGACACCUUAGAAGUAUCUCAAAAUCACAUCUCCAUAAAUUUUAAGUCUGUCUGUCAUGAAAUUUUCUUUUUGGAAUUGCUACAAAGAGGGAAAAAAAGAUCCCAGCAAGCACUUGAAGUGUUUUUUUUUUUCUUUUAAGUCCAACCAAGACAUUAGUGUUCACUUUACCAAAGAAACUUAUUUGGUUGGUUUUGAUUUUGUGUUUGUUGUUUGUUUACCAAAGACAAUAUUCCAUUCAUCAAAAAUAUUUCUUCUGGUCAAGUAAAAAAACUGUGAUACAUGAGGUCACUUGGCCUUCAUAAGGAAAAUAAGAAAAGCCAAGGUAAGGAUGAUGAUAUUCUCUCAUUGAGUGAAACUUAGUAGAAAAUGUGAACUCACAAGGAACUUAGGAUUUACAAGAAACAAAAUGAUACAUGAAAUAGGGCAUUAUUGUUUAGUCUUAUAGCAGUGUACCAACAAGUAGCAAAAGGGCUUCUCAGGCUAAAGGAAGUACAAUUGGUUCCACAGAAAUUAUAAGAAACGCCUUCAUGAAAAUCCCUAUUCAUUGUUUCAGCCUAUGAGUUUUGUUUUGUUUCAGGUUAUUGUUUCCUUUUUGGUGUAUAUUGCUUUUGUUUUAAUUUACGAUUUAUGUUUAUUUCUGCCUUUCCUACCACUUUUACCCUCAAUUUUCAGUUAAAAGACAGAUUACCAGAUGCUAUCCUUCAUGGCCACAGUUACUUACACAACAUACUACUCUAAAGAAGACCCUUGAAAUUUUCUUUAUUUGAAAUAACCACCAUCCAAUUCUAAGUGGCAUUCUGUGACCAUGACACUACUUUUUCUCCAGCCCCAACAACAGAGCUUGGCUGUGUCCUUCACAAGAACAGGAGAGAUGGAGAGCUGCCUUGGGGUGUAGCAGGAUACAAAGCCUCUUGGCCACAAGUGAUAUCUUUCUCAUAAUGGGUAUAUUCUUUUGGAUCCUAUUAAAGUAUCCCUGCAGCUUGUAGUAGUGUUUGACCUCUGUGAAUCUGUUUUGUCAUCUAUAAAAUGGGGAUAAUAACAGUAAAUAUCUUUCAAUUAAGCAAAUAUUUAUUGAGUGCCUAAUAUUGCCCAUAUACUGUUACAGAGACUGGAGACACAAAAGUUAACAAAUCAGGUAAAAAAUAAGUCUGCCCACUUAGAGUCUGCAUUUGAGUGAUGUGGCAAGUUUCUGGUGAGAAUUAAGUGACAUGACAUUGGGAAAGCAAGGACUGGCAAAGAGUAGGAACUCAUGACAUUAUAGUUAACUUGUCAGCCUCACACAGUAGCACAGGGCUCAUGAUCUAAAGCUACACAGUAGUAGAUGGAUGUGGCAUAAGAUUAGGGCUAUAUAAACAUGCAGGGAAUUGCCACAAAAGUUAAUUCCAGUCAUUUUAGAACAUUCAAAAUUUGGCUGGAUCACCACUUAGUGGAACAAUUGUAAAGGAGGUAUAAGCCCUGAAUGUUGGGGUUGGGCUUUAACCAUGAAAAUGGGAUAUAGGCACUUGGGGUGGGGGUGGGGAGGGGACAGCGCUGAUUAUUUUUGCUAUGCCUGGCUUGUCUGAAGACAUUUGAACAUUCCCUUUGGGUAAUUUGCUUUUCAGUUGUGCUAAAUAAAAAGCACCCAGUAUCUGAAGACAAAGUUCCUAUUUUUUUAAAAAAAUGGUAACGUUGUAAUACAAAGGAAAAUAUUAAGUUAGCACUAUACUGGAUUGGCUGGCAAAGAACUGACAAUGGCUAUAGACAGCAUAUUACAGAGUUCUUCCCUGUGGUGGUUACAACUGUUUAUUUCUGUUUCAUGCCAAUCCAGGAGAAAGCAAAAGGGAAAGUGAAUGAGCUCGAAUCUGUUCACCUGCAGACAGUGUCAGGAUGUCCUCCCUAGCCCAUCUCUCAUCUGCUCCCCUUCAUUCUGCCCAGGUGAUCUGUUUGAAUUCCUCCUUGACACCUAUGAGAGUGCCAAAUAAGGAAAAGAAAGUAAGAUGACCAGAGAACUCUGGCCUCUGUGCAGACUUCUGAGUUAGGUUAAAAUUAGCACCAUGAGAUUUAGAGAAGCCUACCUAGUAGGGAAAUAGGCUUCUUUUCAAAGUACAAAGAAAGCAAUGUGUACCAAGGAGGCAACCCACAGACGAACCUUGGUGGAAAGGAGUGAUGUUCCUAUGGAAUGUGCCAGCUUCUCCCUCCCAAAUGUUGACACCAGAUGCAUCUUUGGAUAGAAGUAAUCCUACUCCCUCAUUUUCCAUGUGAGAAAUCUAAAAUCUGGAGAAGUGAAAUUCUAUCCACAGAGCUAGUUAGAAGCAGAAACAGAACUGUAAAUGAAGUCUAGUUUCUAGUCUCAGUUCUUUCUCCAUUUUGCCACUUUACUGCCAAAUUCUGUGUAUCUAAAAUUUGGGGUCUUAACCUGGGGGUUGUAAAUGAGUUGUUAGAAGGAGGAACUCUGAGCUCUCUAAAAUUAAAUCAUAUGCAAAAAUGUGUGUAUAUGUUCAAUAUGUGAAUUUUCCUAAUUAGAGGGUUCCUAGCUGUCAUCAGAUUCUGAAAGAGGUCUGUGACCUAAAAGGAGUGAAGAACCACUGUCCUAAAUUAAUAAAGACCUCAUUGGGAGUGUGA